UCGCACGCCGGCCGCGCGGGUCGACCCAGUUGUUUCACUUUAUUAACUAGAUAAUAUAUAACAAGGAUAGCUUUUUGUUUUCAAAUUGCCAACAUUGUUGAGUAAGCAUGAUGAAUAUAGCAGUUAUCUUGUUAGUUUGUAUUAAGCUGGUGUGUGGAGUUUACUCGCCACCAUCAAACGAUGGCACGUUGUCCUUCCUUGCUCUUGGUGAUUGGGGUGGCCAGUCAUCGUCACCGUACGCCACCACAGACGAGGUGGCUUGUGCCAAUCAGAUGGGUGAUAUAGCCAAAAAGAUCAACUCCACCUUCGUCAUGGCUCUAGGGGAUAACUUCUACACAUUUGGCAUACGAACUGACGCCCACGACAAGAGAUUUAAGGAGACUUUUGAGGAUGUGUUUACAGCCAAGUCUUUGCAGACACCAUGGUAUGUUGUCGCCGGGAACCAUGAUUGGAGAGGCAAUGUCACAGCAGAGGUGGAAUACACAAAGCUAUCAGACAGAUGGACUUUCCCAUCGUUGUACUACACCUUCAACUACAACAUCCCGGGAACCAAGACCACGAUUGCUUUCAUCAUGAUAGACACCCAGGUCCUGUGCGGCGUCUUAGACGAGUUCAGCACCCCAGAGGAGCUGGCGGGACCCCAGGACAAGAAUGCAGCAGACAAAGAAUGGCAUUGGAUUGAGCAGCAACUCCAAGCAACCCAAAGUGCGGACUAUGUGAUUGUCGCUGGCCACUAUCCAGUAUGGUCCAUAGGUGAGCAUGGACCUACUGAGUGUCUGGUAUCCCGUCUCAGGCCCCUGCUUAUCAAGUACAAGGUCAAUGCAUACUUCUGUGGGCACGACCACAACCUCCAGCAUUUGCGUGAAGACAGUUCGACAGUUGAAUACUUUGUAAUUGGGGCUGGCCAUGUUGUCAACACAUCACAAGUGCACAAGGACAGUGUGCCCCACAACUCCCUCAAGUUCUACUAUGCGCAGGAUUCCAGCCUGGGGGGCUUCGCCUACAUCGAGGCAACGCCACAGAGCAUGAGGUUGAUCUUUGCCGAUGGGCUGGCUGGUCAGGAUUUGUACUCAGGGGAAAUCAAACCGCGCUCCAAGCUACAUCAUUAAUUCUUAUCCUGAGGCCUUCAGAUUCCAACAAAACCCAAUAGCAGGCCGUUGUAUUGAUCUUGUGAACAGAAUUAGGCAUUUGUUCUACGUAGCUCAUCCGUCUUUCUGGGAUUUGGUUAGUCUUAACCACUUCGGGACGGGAUUAUUUUUGCUGUAAAUUUCGAUUUUCGAAAAAGGCAAAAUAUACCAGCCAACUUCCGAUAUACAGCCAAAUGCCACAAAUACUGAAUCGCAAGAGUCAUUUCAACAGAAUUUGUACAAUAUUUCUUGCCGAAACCUCAUAUUUUUCAACACUCAGGGAUAUGGUCACGGAGCGUAAGUUGUAGAAUAGGCCUUGUAUAGCGGCCCAGUUCAAGGUCAGCACAUGGUCCACCUCCACAGACUUCUUGGACUUUAAUGUGUGUACAAAACAAAUCAGUGAUUAGCGUGUUUAGACGUCAACCGGAGGCGAGGCGAGGCGAGGCACACUUGACGUUUUGACCUGUCUUCCGUGACUGUGUAUAAAAACAGCCAGAUCUUAAAACACGUCAUCCUACGCAAACUGGUUAAAGACAGGAUAUCGAUUUUGUUCAUCCGGUCAAGCCACCACAGAGGUAGUGUCGGUAGAGGGUGGUAUCACAAGUUGAAUCAAAUUCAGUCUUGGGAACUUUGGCACUUGGACCUUAGAAAUUUCAGUCACGUACUAUAGUCAUGAUUAGGUUGUGCGUGAUUGGACUUUCAAGGGUUGGCUGCCCAAAUUCUCAAGAAUGCGUGAAUUCAUCCUAUUGAUGGCACCCGUCCAUGCAGGCCCCUACAAACGAGCAGCCUGACCGUGUCUGCCAGGGAUUUGGAACUGACUGGAUUAGGGAAGGUAAAUUAUAAUCCAGUCUUGGAUGAAGAAUCGUUUCAUUGGAUUCUGCUGGAUUCAGCAGGCUUUAUGCAUUGCUUUUGGAAUCUAUUGGAUUGUGCAGGGCACAUAGAGAAAUCUGAUGAUUAGUUUUGCUAAAAUUAGGGAAAUACUAUGAUCAUUUUGAAGGGCACACUGUUCAAAAUGAGAAAUUUUAGUUAGGAUUUUGAACAACUUAUUGGUUUGGGGUAAGAUUGUGUGUGAGCUAGACUACUCGAACCAUAUCUGACAAGUGUGCUUUUGAUGCAUGUAAGUCAAAGCUAAUAUUGUAAAACCAUUUCCUUUUUUGUACUAACAGGCUUGAUAUUUUUACUCUCCAGCAGUACUUAUAAAUAGAAACAGAGCUUGAUUGCCAGUUGUUAGUAUUAGCAGAAAUUCUUCCAGUUUCUGUGUUUGUAUACUUUUAAACAAACCUUUUCAUAUACUUGUUGUACAUAAUAAUACCAUUCAUGUUUAUUGAUACAUAGAAGCUUUCUUUGCUUUAGGGUUUUGUAAUGGUAUCGAUAUUGGUUGUGAGUUUUCAGGUGGAAAGUUGUAAUUUUUACAUUUUCAAUGUAAAGCUAAACCAGUUUGUACAUUAUUUAUCAAGUACAUGUACAUGUACCUAUCCUGUGUUUAUUCUCGUAAAAAAAAUUGAAAGAGAAGGGGGCUUUAAAAAGUGGGAGGGCCAUAUAGACAAAUCUAGUGCCCGACUAUUUGCAUGUAGGUCACCUACAUGCAUGUGUAUGGUGUGCAUGCCACAGCCUAUAGAAGUGUACACAAAAUAAGGGAUUUUUGUCUCAAUUUCUUGAAUUACAAUGUACUUUGAAAAAUUGUGACGGCUAGUGUUAGAAAAGACACUUCAGAAGAAUUAAGCCAUACUGCCUACAAAUUCUCCGAUAGCAGUAAAAACGAUCCAAACUUGAAGAAACCAAGUACAAAAUCCACACACCUUAAUUUCUACACAAUGCUCAAAGACAGCAGUUCUAGCUGUGGCCAUAUCGCUCUAUUUAUUCUGUACUAGCAGGAAGUCGGGCUUCUCAUUUUGAAAAGUAUAUGUACUUAAUAAUGUUACAGCAAUAAUUUUAUACUGACUGAUUUGUUUUUGAGACAGAAAUGGUUUAAAUAUUUUAUAAAGGUGUCUGGACAGGGUUUAAAUUUGAUGUUCAAAGCAGGGGAAAUAUUGAUAGUUGAAGCUGGAGUUGUUUAUAUAUCAUGGUAUCUGAGAGUUUCUAGGCAAAAUCAAUGUGUAAAGGGUGUCUCAAAACCGUAUACCCAUUUUUAAAUGUAAAUUAUCAGAAAUGUACUGAAUAUUUUAAAA